GACCCACCCUCGUCAAAAAAGCCAGCGCGGCUUCGCAAAACCGCGCCCCAGCCGUGUUUUUGUUUUCGCUGAGUGCGCCAUGGAUCGUAGCAUCAUCGGCGCGGACCCAACGUUUUGUGUGGAAGACAUUGAGAAGGCCGAUUUCGUGGCCCUGCGCUUCGAUACGAGCGAAUAUCUCUUCCAGACGGUGAAACCAAACCUCUCCAUGGAGGAAUACUUCAAGUUGCAUGUGGAACAGAUGCAGCAGCCACCACAGUUCGAGUUGCCUCAGAGGCUGGGCAUUUGCUGUGGCGUGUGGAACCCCUUCGACCGUCGUUUCGAACUGAGCUCCUACGAUUUGGGCCUUUUCCCGGGCUUUUGGCAAUCCGGGCACUUGCCCAAACGCUGUGGCCCUCAACGUGUCCAUGCACGGCGCUUCAUCCACGAGAAGGUGAAGGCCAAAAAGAACCGCUGGGAGGAGUACAUGUCCUCUACGGUGGUGAUGGUUUUGAAGGCGCUGCGCGAAGCGAAAUGCCCUUUGUUGGUCUACGAUGGCCUGACCGAUUUGAUUCAGCUCUUUGACAAGUUCUUGGGACCCGUGGGCACCACAGAGGAGUGCUUUGAUCAGUGGCUGCAACAUUUUCCCGCGAUCUAUGAUGUGAAAUGGAUGGCGUUGCAGGACCCACCUGGAGACGCCGACGUGCUGGUGCCACCGGGCCUGGAGAAAUGGCGCCAGGAAGAUCCGACGAAGGUGACGUUAGCUGGACUCUGGCGUGCGAUAUACUGCUCUCCAUGGACCAAACGAGGACGUCUGCCGCUGCGCUUCCGCGAGACGGGCGACCGGAACUACCGCGCGCAGUCGGUGCUGGGCUUCACCAAUCGACCCACAGGCAUCGAAGGCGAAGGCUACAUGGGUCGUAUGACCAUGAUGAUCGCUGAGAUCUUCGUGAUGCUCAACGACUAUCGGAUGCCGCCGAUGAAGAAGGAGGAUUUGAAGCCUUCGAAGGUCACCAAAAAACAGCGCCGGGAACUGACCAAGAAGUUUGCGGAUGUUGGCAGCACCACGCUGCCGGACUCAGCAGAUGAGGUCACCGAGACGCCCACUUUUUCUAGCGCCAGCCCCACCUUGAAGGCACCGGUCGACAGCCGCAAGCGCAAGUUCUCCGAGGACGGCGAGGCCGUGCCGUCGCCGGCGACGCCGCCCGAGGCGCUGGAGCUGUCGGAGUUGUCGGAGCGGUCGACGGAGCGCGCGGCGGAGCCGGCGGCGAAACGGCCACGGCGGCCCAGGUGCCUGACACGCGUGCGGCAGAUCGAAUCAGUGGUAGAUGCCUUUGCCAGAAACUUGGUCAACCAGCGGACGGAAGAGGACAUUGACGUCACAGACGCCUAUGGCAUGGAACUCCUCGAGAGAUGCGCCUCGAACUGUCGCUUCUUCCGCAAUGUGCUCUGCGCUUCCGGGACGCCCCAAGGAGGUGUGGCGCUCGAUGCACAGCUAGUGAGGGGCGCAGUGUUGGAAUAUGAAAACCUGGAAGAUCUCUGAUCUCACCGCGGCCUCUCUACACGGCUGGUGGUGGCUUUGUCAAUGGAUUGGUU